AUGUCACAAAACUCUAAAGAUAUUCACAUUCAAAUGACCAGCAGAGCUCUCCUGCUCUCUAGAUACUUAAACCAACAGUUAAAAUGUCAGAAACGAAAUUCUUUAUAUAUUAAUCUCGAGCUCACAAUUCUCAGUUUUUUGUUUCAUAGACUUAAAACUCUUUUCAUUGGAAAAAAUUAA